ACUUUCAUCUAUCUUUCUGGAAUAGUCUCAAGCAACCUUCAUGGCCUCGACCUUGAGCGAAUCCUCGAGAAUACCCACAAACCCUUCAAGGGUUGUGUUGAUAACUGGCGUGAGCAAAGGUUUGGGGAGAGCCCUAGCCUUGGAGUUAGCUAACCGUGGUCACACCAUAAUUGGCUGUUCACGUGACCAACCUAAGCUUGAUUCCCUUCGUCAGCAACUUUCUUCCAAUAACCACUUGCUCUUCAAUGCUAACGUGAGAUCAAACGAUAGUGUUGAAGAACUAGCAAGAGGGGUUGUCCAAAACAAACUUGUACCCGAUAUCAUUGUGAAUAAUGCAGGUGUUGCUAAUAGAAUUGGGAAUGCAUGGGAGGUGGAGGUCGAAGAAUUUGAUAAUGUUAUAGAUACCAAUGUGAAAGGGAUAGCAAACGUUUUGCGCCAUUUCAUUCCUCUUAUGAUUCCAAACAAGCAUGGAAUAAUCAUUAACAUGUCUUCAAUAGCGGGAAGAACUGGAAUUGCACAUGGACAAGUCGUGUGGGAUGCCAUGGAGCAUGGUGAUGACGUUGAUGAGCCUAAGAAUAGGAUGACUCUUGUCGCCAUCUACCAAGUAGUCCUGGAGGAUAUCUUUCUCAUGUUGGCAGAGAAGGACUCGUCAAAGAAAGCAUGAGAGACGCUGCAAACAAUGCAUGUGGGAGUGAAACAUAUCAAGGAAGCAAAGGUGCAAACCUUGAAAAGUGGGUUCGAGUCUAUCUGCAUGAAGGAGGGUGAAUCAGUAGACUCCUUUACUAUGAAGUUGUCGACGAUCGUCAUCCAUUCAUUAGGCGACAAGGUGGAGGAGAUCUCCAUCGUCAAGAAGUUCCUUGAAGUUAUUCUCCCGAGAUUCAUGCAGAUUGUUAGCUCUAUCGAGCAGUUUAACGACCUCAAGAAUAUGACGGUUGAGGAGGUCCUUAAUUAUCUUAAGGUUCAUGAGGAGAGACAUCGUUGCUACGAAAACAAAGGAGAGGAGAAAUUCCUCUUACUCACACAUGAGGAGUUGCUCGCAUGGACAAAAAAGAAAGAUGUAAUUGACUCUUAUUUUUUAGGUACAAGGGGACAUGACAGCUAUAACAAGGAAAAUAAAGGUCAUGGACGUGGUCGCGGACAUGGCCGCAGACGUGGUAACAAAGGAGGUCAUGACAAUACCUCACAAAUCCAUGACAAUGCCAACCUUGGGAGGACAAGAGUAUGAUCAAAUACAGGCAUUAUGCGGUAGAGGGCCACAACAAGGAGCACGAGGAGGAGACAAACCUCACAUUCACGGAUGAUGAAGAGCGUGCAUUAAUGUUGGCUGAGACAAUGCCCAACUUGUUGAUGCUCAAUAAAGAGAAGGGAUGAAGAAGACCAAAUGGAGACUAACAUGUGGUACCUGGGCAAUGGAGUGAGCAACUACAUCACUAGAGACAAAGCAAAGUUCAAGGAGCUUGAUGAGAAAUUCAUUGGAAACAUGAAGUUUUGCGAUGCAUCAAUUGUACCGAUCAAAGGCAAAUGAUCCAUCUUGUUCUAAUGUAAGAAUGACGAUCAACAUCUAUUGACCAAGGUAUAUUACAUCUCGAGUUUGAAGAAAGUAGCAGAGUGGAGAAGAAAGUAGCAGAGUGGAGUAAGUUGGCUU